UCAACCCUAAAAAUCUCCUCACUCUUCACUUCUUCAGAGAGACAGUCGACAGAGAGAGUCAGAGAGACACCGGACGACGCCAGUCCUCGCCGCCUCAGCGCCUCGGCCGACGGAAGACGCCGGACGACGCCACCGCCCACCGCUCCUCGCGAGCCGCGACCUGGACGGCUGGACCAGUGGACCACCGCUGACCGCUCCUCCCUCCUCCAGUCCUCGCCGACGGACGAUCACGGAUGACGCCACCGGAGCUAGUGUGCUACAUCUGCUACUUCCUACUGGAGCCGCGACCGGAGACCUGGACGGGCGGACGGCCAUCUUCUACUCUGCUCAGUAGACUGCUUCACGCCUUCAAUGCUCUGUACAGUGUGAAUUGUACUGGUAGAGUGGUAGUGCUGUUGGCAGUUAACACAGAAUUGAAGAAGCAAAAGUUGAGAGAUAAUGGCAGAAGUGAAGGUUCUAGGUAGUUGGAUAAGCCCUUUUAGCGCAGCUGUUGAGAUUGCUCUCAAACUCAAAGUUGUUGAAUAUGAAUUCAUACAACAAGAUCUGUUCAUACAACAAGUUGUUCAAAUCCAACCCUGUCCACAAGAAAGUCUGCUCUUGCACAACGGAAACCCAAUCGCUGAGUCUCUUGUCAUUCUCGAGUAUAUCGACGACACCUUUCCAGGCACUCCCAUUUUGCCCAAAGGUCCUUACGAGAAAGCCUUGGCUCGUUUCUGGGCUAAGUUCAUAAACGACAAGUUAUUUUCUGGGACCAGGAAAGCAUUCUUUACCAAAGGCGAAGAGCAAGUGCAAGAGCAGGGAAAAGAGGAAAUUGGUGAGGUUCUGAAAAUUCUCGACAGUGAACUGAAGAAGAAGAAGUUCCUUGGAGGGGAGACAAUCGGACUUGCAGAUUUAGCCGCCAAUUUCAUCGCCUUAUGGAUGGGAGUUUUUGAAGAACUUGUAGGGGUGGAUUUGGGCGUGACGGAAGAAAACUUCCCUCAUUUAUGUCGGUGGAAGAAGGAUUAUCUCAACUGUGAUGUAAUUAAGGAGACCUUUCCUCCAAGAGAUAAACUUUUUGCCUACAACAACAAGAGACUCAACCCAAGUACUACUGAUCAGUAAUAAGCAAAUGCAUUUUGAGUUUUUGUUUUGGUCAGCGACUCAAAGAGUCAAAAGGUGCAAUCUGCUUGCAUUAAGUUGUUGAAACACUUUUUAGAUUGAGAAGUUUGUAAGAGAAGAGUUGUACUAUU